AUGUCUAUUAAGGCUAUUGCGACUAUUGUGCUUGCGGCUGGUCUCGCUGCUGCAAAGCCCAUCAACACUCCUCGAUCCCUUCCCGGCUCCACUAAGCGCCAGAUCGACUUCAACUCCGUCGUCAAUGGCUUCAACGGAAACGAUGGCAACUUCAACUUCAUCGACGGAUUUAAUAACUUCAACCAGCAACAGCAGGUCAUCCAGAUCCAGGAGCAGAACCUUCAGAUUGUCGAUAAUGGUCGUCAACAAGCAAUCGUCCAGCAGGUUCAGCAGGUCCUCAUCGUCGACCAAGUCAACAACGGCUUCAACAAUGACUUGAACAACCUCUUCCGCAAGAGCAAUUUCCAGAACCAGUUCCGCGAUGUCUCUACCGUCACGCUCGUCGUACAGGAGAUCCAGAUUGCCAUCGAUGACGGCAGAGGCAACCAAGUCCAGCAAAACAUCUUCGCGCAAUCUGCCGUUGUCGCCAACCGUGGCGCUCGCGAGACCCAGACCGUCAUGGUCUUCGACAGCCGCACCCUCGUCGCCCAGGACAUCCUCGGCAACAACGCCUUCGCGAACCUGGGUGGAUUCGGCGGAAUUGCUGGCGCUACUGCUGCUUUGGACAACAAGAUGCCCACCAAGACCGCCGGCAUCCAGCUGUUUGGUGCUAAGCCCACUUGGACGGCCGUUGCUGAGGAUCCUGCUGCGACCCUUGGUGCUAUCUGGCAAGGUGCUCUCCAGGACCUUCAGAAUGCCGACAACGAUGAACAAGACAACAAGCUCAACGAGCAGAUUGCUGCUGAGGAGUUGAAGGCUAUUCAGGAGGCACUUGGACAACAGGAUGGUGCCGACAAGCAGAAUGGCGAAGACCAGAAGAAGGCAGAAGAAGAGGCAGCAAAGCAGGAAGAGGAGCAACAGAAGGCCGAGGAGGAAGCUGCUAAGAAGGACGCUGAAGAACAGAAGAAGGCUGAGGAGCAGGCCGCUAAGCAAGAUGCUGAGGAGCAGAAGAAGGCCGCAGAGGAGGAGCAGAAGAAAGCUGAUGAAGAAGCAAAGGCGCAAGCUGAGAAGGACAAGAAGGCGGCGGAAGAGCAGAAGAAGGCUGAAGCUUGA